UCGCACGUGUCCUGGCGCCGCGCCCGCCUCGCCCGCCCCUGGCCCGACGGUGUAGUGUCGCGCACAAUGGUUGGCGGCACUGAUCGCCAGUGUCCGAGCGAGUUUGGUCUUUCUGUCUCGCUGCCGGGCCGGGCCGGGCCUUGGCCUCCUCGUUGGCGUACUGACCACACCGCCAUGCCGCCAUUCGGUGCCGGGGCGCGUAGCGUGGCGCAGUCUGGCAGCAUGGACGAGAGGGCGCUGUCGCUGGCCGACGUGAACAAGGCCAAGCACAUCGUGCAGCCGCUGCUGGGAAAGCAGUCUCAAGAUGGCACCGUCGCUGAGAGUGGGGCGACCACGUCGUUCGAGGACGCCGUCAAACUCACAGGCUACGGCAAGUUCAACCACCUGCUCAUGCUGGUGUGCGGACUGGCCAUCAUGGGCGCCAUCAUGGAGAUGAUCGACAUCGGCUACGUGCUGCCCGCCGCGGAGUGCGACCUCAAGCUGACGCAGAAGGACAAGGGCGUGCUGGGCGCCAUCACAUACAUCGGCAUCAUCUGCAGCGCGCACGCGUGGGGCGUGCUGGCCGACACGACGGGCCGGCGCCGCAUCAUGAUCCGCGCGCUGCUGGCCGACGUGGUCGUGUCCACGCUGGCCUGCCUGGCGCCCAACUUCUGGACGCUGGUGGUGCUGCGGUUCUGCAACGGCGUGUGCGUGAGCGCCCCCGCCGCCCUGGCCUACGCGUACCUCGGCGAGUUCAACACGCCGCCCAACAGGAACCGCGCCAUCAUCCUCGUGGGCUUCAUCACCGCCUGCUCCGCCAUCAUCCUGCCAGGCCUGGCGUGGUCGGUGCUGCCCAUGCAGUGGUCGCUGCCGCUGUACGCCGGCAUGGGCUUCCGGUCGUGGCGCCUCUUCAUCCUGGUGGGCGCCAUCCCCGCGCUGCUGUCGGGACUGCUGCUCUUCUGGUUCCCGGAGUCCCCCAAGUUCCUUCUGGCCGUGGGCCGUCGCGAGGAGGCGCUGGCCGUGCUGCGGAGGGUGUACGCCGUCAACACGGGCAAGGACGACUUCCCGGUCCGCGAGCUGACGGAGGACACGAGCUCCGUCAUGGCCAACACGACGGACAGGUCCUUCCUGGCCCUGAUGAAGAUCGUGUGGGAGCAGACGGCGCCGCUGUUCCGGCCGCCCUACCUGCUGCACACUUUCCUUGUCUGCUUCAUUCAGUUCGGCAACAUCGCGAGUGCUAGCGGCCUGCUCAUGUGGCUGCCGGAGCUGUUCAACUACCAGGCCAAGUACGGCGAGAUCCACCCGGGCGCCGCCACCAUCUGCGAGGCCGUGGCGGGCGUGCUGGCGGCGGAGCGCAACGCGUCGUCGGUGCUGGUGCGGGCGACGCGCGACGUCGGCGUCGUGGCCGUGUCCUCGGACGUGAGCGCCGUGCUGCAGGAGCCGUCGUGCGCGGGCGGCACCAUCCUCACGCAGGUGUACAUCAACGCCCUCAUCAUCGGCGUGGCCGACGCCAUCGCGCCCGUCGCCGGCAGCCUCAUCGUCAACAGCGUCGGCAAGCGCAACCUGCUGAUCGUGUGCAUGUGGGUGACGGGGGUCUCGGCCAUCGCCGUCAACUUCGUGGGCUCCUACGAGGCCAUCCUGGCGCUGGCGUGCGUCGUGAUCGCCCUCACGGGCAUGUGCAUCGCCCACAUCUCCAGCAUCGUGGUGGACCUGUUCCCCACCAACUACCGGGCCAUGGCCGUGAGCCUGUCUCUCAUGUUCGGUCGACUGGGCUCCAUGGUGGGCAACUUCAUCUUCGGCUCCCUGCUGGACAGCUACUGCGACGCGGCCUUCUACUUCUUCGGCGGCGUCCUCGUCCUGAACGGCGUGUUCGGGUGCUUGCUGCCGAAGCGGGGACGUUUCGCAAAUUAGGAUCAAGAUUGGGCAUCGACGCCGCCGCUUCCGCCCUGCCUCUCAAUUUGAACACCGCACUGCGCCACGCGCGGCUACGCAGCUACGCGUCGCAGCGCACUGGAUCGUGAUCUCAGGGACCGCGCCCAAAGCCGCAAAUCAGUAUUUUUCUAAUUUUGAUACUACCUGUACCGAGUUGUCACUGUAAAAUAUGUAUCUGUGUAAGGCCUUAACAUAAGAGUUCGUGUGUAAGACUUAUAGGUUUAGAGAGAAACGAAUAAAGAGACGUAUGCGCGCGA